CACCCGGGAAAGGCGAGAAGGGAAAGCCGUAUAUCGAGGUGGCCUUUCUUCGUGGAAGAACUCUGUUCCUGCGGUGGCGGAGGGACAUGACAGCACUUUAACUUCCGGAAAGUCCGGGCUCUGAGAGGAAAAGCCCUGAAGGAAACAAUAACAAACAGCAGGAAGGAGCGAUUCUGGGUUUCAGUGUUGUGGACCCCCGGCUCUUGCCAUGGCGGGCGUGGGGCCGGGGGGCUACGCGGCGGAGUUCGUGCCACCUCCGGAGUGCCCAGUCUUUGAGCCCAGCUGGGAGGAGUUCACAGAUCCGCUCAGCUUUAUCGGCCGCAUCCGGCCUCUGGCUGAGAAAACCGGCAUCUGCAAAAUCCGACCGCCAAAGGAUUGGCAACCACCAUUUGCAUGUGAAGUAAAAAGCUUUCGUUUUACUCCUAGAGUUCAGCGCCUGAAUGAACUUGAGGCAAUGACCAGGGUGAGACUGGACUUCUUGGAUCAACUGGCAAAGUUUUGGGAACUUCAAGGAUCUACUCUGAAGAUCCCUGUAGUUGAGAGAAAAAUUCUGGAUCUUUAUGCUUUGAGCAAGAUUGUUGCCAGCAAAGGAGGUUUUGAAGUGGUCACCAAAGAGAAGAAAUGGUCUAAAGUGGGUAGCCGCUUGGGGUAUCUGCCAGGAAAAGGAACUGGGUCUCUUUUGAAGUCCCACUAUGAAAGAAUUCUCUACCCAUAUGAACUUUUCCAGUCUGGUGUUAGCCUUAUGGGCGUACAAAUGCCUAAUUUAGAUCUUAAGGAAAAAGUGGAACCUGAGGUUUUCAGUGCUGAUAUCCAUACUUCCCCAGAGCCUGGCUCCAGGAUGAAUAUUCUGCAUAAGAGAACACGACGGGUCAAGUCUCAGUCAGAAUCUGGAGAAAUACACAAAAACACAGAACUGAAGAAACUUCAGAUCUUUGGGGCUGGACCCAAGGUUGUGGGCCUGACAGUAGCUACAAAAGAUAAAGAAGAUGAGGUCACCCGAAGACGAAAAGUUACCAACAGGUCAGACGCAUUUAACAUGCAAAUGAGACAACGGAAAGGAACUCUCUCUGUUAACUUUGUUGAUCUCUAUGUGUGUAUGUUUUGUGGUCGAGGAAACAAUGAAGAUAAAUUGCUUUUGUGUGAUGGAUGUGAUGACAGCUAUCAUACAUUUUGUCUCAUUCCACCGCUACCUGAUGUUCCCAAGGGAGACUGGAGGUGUCCUAAGUGUGUUGCUGAGGAAUGUAACAAACCUCGAGAAGCCUUUGGAUUUGAACAAGCCGUACGAGAGUAUACACUUCAGAGCUUUGGAGAGAUGGCAGAUAAUUUUAAGUCUGAUUAUUUCAAUAUGCCAGUGCAUAUGGUUCCCACAGAACUAGUAGAAAAAGAAUUCUGGCGGCUGGUUAGCAGCAUUGAAGAAGAUGUUAUUGUAGAGUAUGGAGCUGAUAUCUCCUCCAAAGACUUUGGAAGUGGAUUUCCUGUGAAGGAUGGUCGGAAAAAGAUGUUGCCAGAAGAGGAGGAGUAUGCACUUUCUGGUUGGAAUUUGAAUAACAUGCCUGUCCUGGAGCAGUCUGUUCUUGCACACAUUAAUGUAGAUAUUUCUGGUAUGAAGGUGCCAUGGCUCUAUGUGGGAAUGUGUUUCUCUUCUUUUUGCUGGCACAUUGAAGAUCACUGGAGUUACUCCAUUAACUACUUGCAUUGGGGAGAGCCAAAGACAUGGUAUGGUGUGCCAUCUCAUGCUGCAGAACAACUGGAGGAGGUGAUGAGGGAGCUGGCCCCUGAGUUAUUUGAGUCCCAGCCUGAUCUGCUGCAUCAAUUAGUCACCAUCAUGAACCCCAAUGUGCUAAUGGAGCAUGGUGUGCCUGUGUACAGGACCAAUCAGUGUGCAGGCGAGUUUGUUGUGACAUUUCCUCGUGCCUAUCAUUCUGGAUUUAACCAGGGCUACAACUUUGCUGAAGCUGUGAACUUCUGUACUGCUGACUGGUUGCCCAUUGGACGUCAGUGUGUAAAUCAUUAUAGACGCCUAAGGCGCCAUUGUGUCUUUUCACACGAGGAACUCAUUUUCAAGAUGGCAGCAGACCCAGAGUGCUUAGACGUGGGACUGGCUGCUAUGGUGUGCAAAGAGUUGACUCUUAUGACUGAAGAAGAAACACGACUAAGGGAGUCUGUUGUACAAAUGGGUGUCCUGAUGUCAGAAGAAGAAGUGUUUGAACUUGUUCCUGAUGAUGAACGACAGUGUUCAGCAUGUAGAACCACAUGUUUCCUCUCGGCUCUCACAUGUUCCUGUAAUCCUGAGCGGCUUGUAUGUCUCUAUCAUCCAACUGAUCUGUGCCCCUGCCCCAUGCAGAAGAAAUGUCUUAGAUAUCGCUACCCAUUAGAAGACCUCCCUUCUCUUCUUUAUGGUGUAAAAGUCAGGGCACAAUCCUAUGACACUUGGGUCAGUCGUGUUACAGAAGCAUUAUCUGCUAACUUCAACCACAAGAAAGAUUUGAUUGAAUUGCGAGUAAUGCUGGAAGAUGCUGAGGAUAGGAAAUAUCCAGAAAAUGAUCUCUUUCGAAAACUCAAGGAUGCUGUAAAAGAAGCUGAGACUUGUGCUUCUGUGGCCCAGCUGCUUUUGAGUAAAAAGCAGAAACACAGGCAGAGCCCAGAUAGUGGGAAAACUCGGACCAAGCUGACAGUAGAAGAAUUGAAGGCCUUUGUUCAACAACUUUUUAGUCUUCCAUGUGUUAUCAGCCAAGCUCGACAAGUAAAGAAUCUGCUUGAUGAUGUGGAAGAGUUUCAUGAACGAGCUCAGGAGGCAAUGAUGGAUGAAACCCCGGAUUCUUCCAAACUGCAGAUGUUGAUAGAUAUGGGUUCUAGUCUGUAUGUGGAGCUACCUGAAUUACCUCGACUGAAGCAAGAGCUACAGCAGGCUCGGUGGUUGGAUGAAGUUAGACUGACCCUCUCAGACCCACAACAAGUCACUUUGGAUGUCAUGAAAAAGCUGAUUGACUCUGGGGUAGGGCUGGCACCCCACCAUGCUGUGGAGAAAGCAAUGGCUGAGCUACAGGAGCUCCUUACAGUCUCUGAACGAUGGGAAGAAAAGGCUAAGGUCUGCCUACAGGCAAGACCUCGGCACAGUGUGGCAAGUUUAGAAAGCAUUGUCAAUGAAGCCAAAAACAUUCCAGCUUUUCUACCCAAUGUGUUGUCCCUCAAAGAAGCCUUACAAAAGGCUCGAGAGUGGACAGCAAAAGUGGAAGCUAUUCAGAGUGGCAGCAAUUAUGCUUACUUGGAGCAGCUUGAAAGCUUGUCUGCUAAAGGGCGCCCUAUCCCUGUGCGACUUGAUGCACUGCCACAGGUGGAGUCACAGGUGGCAGCAGCACGGGCCUGGAGAGAACGCACAGGGCGGACCUUUCUGAAGAAGAACUCCAGCCAUACGUUGUUACAGGUGCUGAGCCCUCGGACUGACAUUGGUGUAUAUGGGAGCAGUAAAAACAGAAGGAAAAAAGCAAAAGAAAUAAUAGAAAAAGAAAAAGAAAAAGAUGUGGACCUUGAGCCUUUGAGUGAUCUGGAGGAAGGACUGGAGGAAACUAGAGAUACGGCCAUGGUGGUGGCAGUAUUCAAAGAACGAGAGCAAAAAGAGAUUGAUGCUAUGCUUUCACUGAGAGCCGCCAACCUAGCCAAGAUGACAAUGGUGGACCGCAUAGAAGAAGUAAAGUUUUGUAUUUGCCGUAAGACAGCUAGUGGGUUCAUGCUACAAUGUGAACUCUGCAAAGACUGGUUCCAUAACAACUGUGUUCCCCUGCCUAAAUCAAGUUCCCAGAAAAAAGGAUCCAGCUGGCAGGCUAAAGAAGUUAAAUUCCUUUGUCCACUUUGUAUGCGGUCUCGAAGGCCCAGGCUAGAGACUAUACUGUCACUGUUGGUAUCUCUUCAGAAGUUGCCUGUACGGUUGCCUGAAGGAGAAGCCCUUCAGUGUUUAACAGAACGUGCUAUGAGUUGGCAGGACAGAGCCCGGCAGGCCCUCGCCACAGAUGAACUGUCAUCUGCCUUGGCCAAACUGUCUGUGUUAAGCCAGCGGAUGGUCGAACAGGCAGCACGAGAAAAAACUGAAAAGAUCAUCAGUGCAGAACUCCAAAAAGCAGCUGCUAAUCCAGACUUACAGGGACACUUACCUAGUUUUCAACAGUCUGCCUUUAACCGGGUGAUGAGCAGUGUAUCAUCUUCCCCUCGACAAACAGUGGACUAUGAUGAUGAAGAAACAGAUUCUGAUGAGGACAUUCGGGAGACAUAUGGCUAUGACAUGAAGGACACAGCCAGUGUGAAGUCCUCUAGUAGUCUGGAACCCAAUCUCUUUUGUGAUGAAGAAAUCCCUAUCAAGUCAGAGGAAGUGGUAACUCAUAUGUGGACAGCACCUUCAUUCUGUGCAGAGCAUGCUUAUUCUUCUGCUUCUAAAAGUUGUUCUCAAGGUACUAGCACUCCAAGGAAACAACCUCGGAAAAGCCCUUUGGUUCCCCGAAAUUUGGAGCCUCCAGUGUUGGAGUUGUCACCUGGAGCAAAAGCCCAGCUGGAAGAACUCAUGAUGGUUGGAGAUCUCUUGGAAGUGUCUCUGGAUGAGACACAACACAUAUGGCGGAUUUUGCAGGCCACACACCCACCCUCAGAAGACAGAUUCCUACAUAUCGUAGAGGAUGAUAGCAUGGAAGAGAAACCAUUAAAAAUGAAAGGAAAAGAUUCUUCAGAGAAGAAACGAAAACGGAAGCUAGAAAAGGUAGAACAGCUUUUUGGAGAAGGAAAACAGAAAUCCAAGGAGCUAAAAAAAAUGGACAAACCCAAAAAGAAAAAAUUAAAAUUAAAUGCAGAUAAAUCAAAGGAACUGAAUAAACUGGCCAAGAAAUUAGCAAAAGAAGAAGAAAGAAAGAAAAAGAAGGAAAAAGCUGCUGCAGCCAAAGUUGAACCUGUGAAAGAGAGUACUGAGAAGAAAAGAGAGAAAAAAGUGCUGGACAUCCCCUCCAAGUAUGACUGGUCAGGAGCAGAGGAGUCUGAUGAUGAGAAUGCUGUGUGUGCAGCACAGAACUGCCAGAGGCCCUGUAAGGACAAGGUAGACUGGGUGCAAUGUGAUGGUGGCUGUGAUGAGUGGUUUCAUCAAGUUUGUGUGGGUGUAUCUCCAGAAAUGGCUGAAAACGAAGAUUACAUCUGUGUAAGCUGUGCAAAGAAGCAGGGGCCAGAUAGCCCAAGUCACGCGCCACCUUCUUCCUUCCUAAUGAGCUACAAACUGCCAAUGGAGGAUCUUAAAGAAACCAGUUAGCAGAUGCUUGGUUAGUUUGGGACAUGGAGGGAAUGGACCAUUUGAAACCUUAGUUAUACAGUAGAGUGGUUGAGAUCCACUCAGAAUGUUGCUUCCAAAGAUGAACAGCCUUCAAAGAAAGUCCGCUUAGUGCUAGCUUCCCCUUUGCAUGGACUGUGUGAGCUAUGUUCUCUAUCAGCACAUCUAUGCAGAGGAUGUCCUCUUUGGUACAACAGCCAGUAUUUCAACUCAUGUCCCUUGAGUAUAAUUUACUGGAUUAAGGCCAGACACUUGAUAGAGCUCAGAGCUGGCUGGUUGGCAUUAAUACAUGGGUGUGCUAGCAGAGCAUGUAGGAUGUGGCUUAAGGCCAGCUGAUGUUAGAGGCUUAUAACUUAGCACUACCAUCUGAUGGUACUGAUUGCUUGAAUCUCCUUAGUUGGGACAGUUGGAGAGGAGUCAGAGUACAACUUUCCUACCACUAUUACCUGGUAUUUAAUGUUCCAUCAGUACAGCUAAAAGGAACAGAUCAGUUAUUCUUAGAAGUAAUGAGAGAGUAGUCCAGUCUGUAGACCUCAGCUGCUUAUGCUUAUUUAUACCAACAAGAAAAUCCCAAAUAAGAGAACCUUGCACCAUCUGAGUGGAUUACCUUAUUUUCUAAGCAGAAGGAUGACUAUACUGGAUGCUGGGAAGAAGAAUUUUUCUUAUUUCAAGGCAAAAGCCUUCUUUUUUUUUUUUGCCUUUGAGAAGUUUGACUGUCUUGGGUGUACAUUUUAGAGAAGAACAGGUACAUCAAUCCAAACUUCUUAAAAAAGAAAAGAAAAGUAAAUUAAAAGCAAGAAAAAGAAGACCAGAAUGUCUUUCUGAGCCACAGCUUGCAUGCUUUUUGGGAGACCUUCAUUCGCAAAUAUUCCAGGUACCAUCUGGCUUUAGGCAUGGCCAUGAGCAAGACUAGCAUCAGCUUCUUGCCUUGCGGUUCUGACCCGAUGUUUGCAGUUCCCAACAUGGCAACGUCUGAACAUGACUCACAGCAAAUGCUAUUGAAUAAUACCUUGACUUCAUCAGAGAAUGUGGGGUUGUAGUACCUCUGCGUGAUAAAGCUGUUUUAGUAAAUCCAUUUUUAAAAAGGAAAAAAAAAGAACUUGUUUUUACUUUUUUCUAAAUGUCUGACUACUGACUAUUCAAUAAAUAGAUUAUUUUUUUUAAUAUACAUAUAUGAAUAUAUAAAUAUAUAUAUAUAUAUAAAUAUAUAAAAUAUUUACUGUUACCAGCAGCAUAUGACAAGAGUUUCAACAUCAAAAAUCCAUUUGGGAGGUUGCUUUUUCUUUUGUGCUUUAAUAAGGAUGUCCCAUUCCUUCUUUGUAGUACAAGGAGUUAGCAUUCCCUUCUUCAUCCAUUUUGGUUUUGUUAGAAUAGAUAAUUGUAUUUGUGUUUGUGUGUUGGGACUUGUCCCUGUCUGUUGGGAACCUUGGUCUUAAUUCUAGUUUGUACUGGCUGUUGUUUCUUUUGUAUGUGAAUGUUCGAAACCACGGUGCUGUCCUUUUCCCUCCUGUUAGGUAAGCUAUGUAAACUGUUACUGGAAGGAGACUAUUUUCUUUUAAAGGACAAAAGAUAAGUUUCACUAAAAAUAGUGUUUUGUCUCACUAUACUGUGUCCUUUAUUUUGGUUUACAAAUCUGUGAUUUGACUUAAAUGUGUUAGCUGUCCUUUUUUUUUUCUGAAAGGGGAGAUUGGCAUGGACCUAGAACAGUUUGUCAUCUCCUCUUUCUUUUCUGUCCCAGUCUUUUUAAAAGAAAUGUCUUCUAGUAAAUAGAAGUGAAAUGUACUGUCCAGUUACAGUGUGAGUUGGCAUGAGAUCUAACUCAAAAGGCAUCUUCUUAAAGAAAAAGAGGUUUCAUAUAAGAUCCAAUUUCUGUAAAUUUUUCUCUGGUUCACUGCCUACUGUGUGUGUUCAUUCUUCUUUUAAUACUGUAUAACAUUUGAAUGUUUUGACCUGUUAAGGGAUUUGUAAGUGUUGCUGUGUGGUGUCUUCUGAUUUCAUCUCAAGUGUAUGACUUAAAACUUCAGUGGACAUUAUGAGGAAACUAGUUUUCAUUUUGCUGAACUACAUACAUACAGAUUAUCACUUAAGAAUUUUGCCCGAGUAAUAUUACAGAAGAAAGCACAAUUUUUUUUACCAUUUGGUCUUUAUAAAUGUCUUUAAAUAUUUAUGGGUUAAAAAUUCAAAAAUAAGUGAUGGGUAUACAGAAUACAUUUAAAAAUUUAAUUUUCCAUUCCCAGUCACCAGGGGACAGUUACAAUGAUGCUGAGAAAAGUUGGUAUCUUGAAGUGUACAGUGGGUGGAUAGGUGGUUGUUUGGGGAGUAAUUUGUAUACUUGCUAUGGUUUGUGAUUAGCUAUGGUUUGUGAUUAGAGGAGACCUGGAAAACAAGACAGUCAUCUUUUGAUAUUUUGAAACUUACAGUAUUUCAUUUAAUUGAUAAUAGGAUAUUUUCUAUAGUUACUUGGAGGAUUUAGUCUGUCGUGACUACAGGUUGAAAAGAACAGAAGAAAGAAAUUAGUCCUGCCCUCUCUAAAAGAAAUCUGCAGUUUUGGAAUUAAUGAAAUAAGAUUAAUCUAAAGAAAUAUUGGUGUUCUAAUGUAAAGCAUUGAUUUUACUUUAAGAAAGUACAUUUGCAACCAAGUUUACUCUUCUCUUCUGUUAAUAUUUUAUAAAAAACUUAAUUUAAAAGAUUUCUCUACAUUCCAAUUUCCUCAGAGUUGAAUUCUUCAUCAUUCAUAUUUUAAUCUGUGUUUAAUUCUUUCAGAGUAUUUCUCAUUACUGUCAUAAAUAUUUUAACAAAUUAAUAGAAAAGUAAAAAAAUGAAAAGAUUUAAUAAUUCCUCAGAGGAUCAGAAUUAUACAAAUCUCUAAGUUUAGAAGUGCAAGCAUAGUAUCAGUAGUUAGCUUUCCUCCUGGGAAGAGGGGACAUUUUCCUCUCACACAUGCUUGUUUCACUUCUGACAAUUACUGCAAACAGCCAUGUUGAAAUGUAGACCCUGGGCUCCCUUUCUAAGCUGCUCCAAACCAGCUUUGCCUGCAUAACUCAGAAUUGUGCUUUAGUAAACUUAUGAAUUAUUGCAUGUCAUACUUUGAAUAAUUGAGAAGAUAAACAUUUAAUCUGAUUGCCCAAGAGUAAUCAAAAACAUGCUAAAUGCUAAUAGAUCUGUAAGGUUAGCAUGAUUUUACCUGUGUUUCCCUUCUGUUCUUCUCUGCUUGUCAUUUACAGAUAUCCAAGAAAUGUCAGUUAAUUUUUUUCUUAAUCAUUAAUUUUAGAUGCAGUUCAGUUCCCUCCUUGUCAUUAUUAUAAUUCUGUAGUACAUUUGUGUAUCAACCAGUACUUACAUUUGGAGGAUGAAAGGAAAGAUUAAGAAAACAUCUCUUGCAAAGUAUGGUAUCAUCCACUUUAAAAGAAGAAAAGUGAUAUUGGAGUGGGAUUUUAAAAUUGUAAAUUGCCCAGGAUUUAGCUCAGUGGCACAAGUGCCUCCCUGGCAAGCAGUCGGUCACGAGUUCGAUCCCCAGUACCAAUAAAAUGAAAUAAAAUAUAAUUGUAAAUUGUAGAAAAUUGAACUGUUGGAAUCCCACAUAUAACCAGGUUCAGUAAGGUUUCACAUCUGAAUAAUAGCUUCAUACUUUUCAUGUGUAGAAAAUGGCCUUUGCUAUAAGUCCUGAAGCAUAAUUCCCUUUGAAAUCCCUCCCUCUCCUUCAUUUUCCUCCUCUUCCUUCGUCCUCCUCCUCCCUUUUCCUCCUCCUUCUUUUGAUUACUUUCUUCUUCUUGGCCUUCCUUGCUUCUCUUUUGACCUCAUUCCUUCUUCCUCCUGCCUCCUUCCCCUUCCUCUUUUUUUCCUGAUCCUCUGCUAAGUUGUAUUUAUAACGUAAGUGAGAAAGAACGGAUGUUAGUGUAUUUUUGGAAUUGCAUCUUUCCUUGACCUGGAUUGUAUCUAGUCAGUGCUAUGCACCCUAAUAUGGGCACUAGAGAAGAAUUCAAUAGGUUUUUAAAGAUGUAUCCCUACUUGCUGUUAUUUUUUUUACAGUACUUCAGUUGUCUGAACAGAAAUGUCUUUUGUAAAGUCGAGACCUUCUGUUGAUUAUCCCCUUCCAUGUUUAUUGAAAAUUUACCAGGGUUAUUGGUGGUGCUUUAUAAAAAGUAUAACUUGAUUUCCUAAUUUUUUUUAAAGCAUGUUUUAUGUUUUAUUUUCUGAAAUAAUAUUAGAUAUAGUUACAUUAUAUCAGAAAAUUUUUAGAAGUGUGUUUACACAUACAUAUGCAUUCAGUUUUCCCAUCCCCACUCCUAACCUGAGCCCCUGUCAUUUACAUUGGUAGCAACUUUAAAUGACAAUGAAGUAAAUUUUGGUAAUAAGUGUUGAUAGUCCUGAGGAAAAUUAGUUAUUAUAUGGGAACCACUUUUAACUUGUGCCAAAGCAGUUGUAAAUAUUUUAUUUGCUAAUUAUAAACUGAGUUGAAAUAAUUUUGCUUAUUCAUAUGAUCAGCUUAUUGAUGAGAAUAGCUUUUUGGAAAGUAUGAAGUAUGAAGUAGAAAUAAUUUCAUAAGGAUUUCACUUAUCCUCUUUUUAUCAAGAAACCAUUGAUGACCAGCAAAUAUUUUCUCACCCUUGGUUCUUAAGAAAUAUCCCUUUUCAGUGGACCAGGAAAAGGGAAAACAAGGAAAUGUCUUUCUUUUCCUUUGGCCUCCAAAUUCUCAUUAGUUCAAACUCAAGUUGCUUCAAGAAAGUAAAUGGUACUUCCUCUGCCUCUCGCCUUUCCGAGGCAUACUAGAUUGUCCCAAGUAUGAUGGGGGAGGGGGCGGUGUUAGAAAUCAGACUCAUCACCUCACAUUUACCAGGCAGGUAUUAUGCCACUGAGCUAUAUCCCCGGUUAUUAUCCCAAAUGUAUGGGAUAGAUCAUUGCUAAAAAUUUUAAGGUUCUGUGUGCAUGAAUUGUGAUUAUAUAUGUGUAUAUUGAGAGGAAGUUAGUUGGAUGUAGGAGGGAAAAAGUUGGUUUUCUCUUAACUUGGAAAAUAUUCUUGACGGCAACAAAAAUGAUACUUGAAAUUUCAUGAGAUGACAAGUCCUUUCCUUUGUAAAAAUUACAUGCACUCCUAGUUUACAUCAAGUAUGUCUUGGGCCUUUGACAUUGUGGUUAAUGCCAGUAAAUGGAAGAUCCUGAAUUUCUUCAUGGAAAGCUUAACCAUUGACUGGAAGAUCAUGCAAGAUGAAAGUAGAGAACAAUAUUAGGUGUGAUUUAAAAAUACAGGGAAUGUUUAAAAUGUUACAGGAAAAGAUACAUUGCUGUUAAUCUCUCGCAAAGUAUUUCUACUUGCUUUGAACACACUUGUCCCAUUGUUCUUGUCACUUUUCAAAGUGGACUUUCUCAUAAUCCACUUCCAUGAAUGUCUUUAGUUGUGCUGUUAUGGUUGCCUUGAUGUUCUGAAUAAACUCAAAAACAUUUACCUUUCAUGGCCAUUUUGACUUUGGGGAAAGAAACAGAAGUCACAUGUGCCAGAUCAGAUGACCAUUGUGGGUGAAGGUACUCUGUCAUGUUUUACAAGCAUGCCUUUCCUAUUGGUUGGCACUCAGCAGAAUUCAUUCUCUCUCUCUCUCUCUCUCUCUCUCUCUCUCUCUCUCUCUCUCACACACACACACACACACACACAAUUUAUCACACCUCAAAUCACAGAUUUCUAGAGCUGCUUCAAAAAAUUGCAAGGAAAAUGGAGUGUGUUUAAAGCAAAGGAUAGUAUUUUGAAGGAGAUUAAUGGCAGUGUGUCUUUUCACUGUAACAAAUUUAUUCACCAUGUGUUUCUGUCACCCUCUGUACAAAAGAAUACAGCCAGACACUAUAUGAAUAAAAUUUAGAGUAAUCUUGGAAUUUCUUGAUUCUUCUCACCUGGUUACUCUUGGUUUGUUUUGUUAUAUUUGGUACCGAGAUUGAACUGAUGACCUUGUGCUUGCCAGGCAAGCACUUACACCACUGUGCUAAAUCCCCGGCCCUGACCUGGUUACUCUUUAAGGCAUAUUUCCACUCUAUUUUUGUGGAAAAAAGGAUUUAGUUAAUAUUUCUGUAUGUCAUAGUCCCAUGAAUUUUAUUAGGCAAACUUUCUGUUUUUAAAAAUUUUUAUUGGCACAUAUUUGCAGUAUAUGAUGAUUACAUUCAUCACGGAAAUUUGGAACAUGUACAUAUCUUAAUCCAUUUCUACUUCUUCCUCUCCUCUAUCUCUAGACCUCCUUCCUAUUUGCAAAAGAUCUGCCUUGCUGUUAGUUAUCUUUUCUUUUUCUCUUUAUAUUUGGGUUUCUCAUACAAGAGAAAUCACAGCCAAGACUUUUCUCUAGCCUUGUCUUUAGAGCUGUCUGUGUACCUUAUCAGUGGAAAGAAAGACCUCACAAGAAGAUUCAAAAAUGGCUAGGUGGUUCCAGCUGGUGAACUUACACUACUAAAAAUUUUUGAGUUGUAAGACAUAGAGAUGAAAUAAGAAUUUUUCUGUAGAUUAAAAAUCUUUUUCAAAAGGCAAGAUAAGAAUCUGAGAAUUAUUAAGCUAAAGAACACUGGAUUUAGGAAUCAAGUAAUCUUAAGUUUUAGAAGUAUCUAUGGCUAUGUGUCAACUGUUUGGUUCUCAGUGUCCUGCCACAUGUAAGUUUAUGUGAAUUCAAAGAAAUUUAAAUCACAGCCUCUUUCCUUGAUAAACUAGGACAUGGAUGAUUUUGAAGUGCGUUUCGUCCUAUCAGGUUAUGCAAUUGAAAGAAAGAGUAGACCAUGUGAGUUAACUCUCUACCCUCAACCUCAUCAGAAUGUGGGUCUCUUCCCUGUCCAUGUUCUGUUGCAGCCAGCAGGCCACCUGGCCACCUGCUGCCUUAGUCUUUCUGACCUUGCCCUUCCAUGCUCUCUAAGGCUAAGCUUCGUUGAGACACAGAACAGCUUAUGGCUGAUCCUCAUUUUAGGUGAGCUGGGGAGCAUCCAGGGUGGAAAAACUAGACUCAAUACUCAUUUUAGAAUUCAGUGUGACAGUUGAAGUACAUAAUCUUGGUCAUUGCCCAGUACUUGUGUUUUGUUUGUUUUUCGUAAAACCACCUUUAUUCUAUAGAGUUGCAGUUGAAACACUAAGACCAGUUUAAUCCACUUUGCUUUUCUUCGCUAUGUGUACUGCUGCCUCGGAAGUAGAACCGUAUUUGGUCAUCAGUUCUUGCUCAUAUUGUAAUACUGUUACCUGCCUUCCUUAAUCUACUUGCUGUUGCUGAAUGCCCUGCUAGUUCUCUGUGCUAUACAGGUCUUCCCUGCUCUUUGUAAAUACUUUUUCUGCUGCUUAACUUGGCUCUCUCAGCUCCUUUUAUCUUCAAGAGUUACUUUAAGUGUAAAGUGCCUUGUUCUUUCUUUUUUUUUUUUUAAUCUUUCUUUAUACUUACUCUUGAUUCUCAAGCAGCCUCCUAUUUCUUUUUUGUUUGUUUGUUUGUACCAGGAAUCAAACUCACAACCUUAUGCUUGCUAGGCAGGCUCUUAUGCCCCUCUACUAAACCCUGGCCCCAAGCCUGCUAUUUCUUUAGGCACUGUUUGCCUCCAAUUGGUUCAUUCUGGCUUUGGUCUUGUAGCAUACACUGGCCUGUCAAGUUACCUAUAGUCUGCUAUUUUUCAUCAUGCUGACUCUAUGGAAAUUUUGCCUGGAUCAAGCAAAUAGCCAUCUUACUUGCUUUUGUGGGUUGUGGUGUACUACCAAGUACACACCACUGAUAGGUAGCACUACAGAUUGCCACAGAUGGGUGGGUUCUCAAAGCAAUUUAGCACCUUCGUGGAUCCAGCAACUUCUUUUGUUCUUAGAGUAUUUUAGACAUUCUCCUCUUGUUAAUAUCCAAGCUUAUAUAUCCUCCCACAAUUGAAGCCUUUUAAGCCUGCUGAGCCCUUGAAGAAAUUGAAACUGGAGAGCUCUAGGCUUCCUUAGUGAUCUUUACUGUAAGCAUCUUCAUCUGUCCUAUGUCAGCACUGCAUAUAUGUGUGAAUGAGCAAGAGUCAGUGAAUCUGAUCUUAACUUCCUAAAGAUACUUUCCCAUCCAUCAGUUUCUGUUUUUAAUGUCACCUUCGUUUAGUACAUAAACAUACUCAGGUCUCUUAAUUCUCAUGUGGGCCUGUCUCCGCUCAUUUCCCGACUUCGUCUUUUAUAGCCAAGCUCCACUGUUGUGCUGAGGCAUUCCUCGGCUUUGUGUGACCUGACUUUAAUAACCCACUGAAGUUAUUCCUAUUAAAGUUGGUGUGAGCCCAUAUUGCUCAGCCCAGUGGGCACUUUAGUUCUUACUCCACCAUUCUUCAGCAUCUCACAUUGUUAUCUAUAUCCCCUUUUUAAAGACUUCAUUGACUUGUUAGUUAAUUUUUUUUUACAUAUUUAAAGUGUUCUAUUCAGGACUGUACCGUGGACAUCCUAGUUCUCUUCCAGUUACCACUUUUAUUAAUAUAAUUCCCCAAGUCUUAAUUAUCUGCCCAUGCUUGCUUUCUUAGAUCAAUUAUGGCAAACAUUUCCAUUGUAUUUGUUUUAUUCACUCCAAAUUCCUUGAGUCAAAAACCAAGCGUACCUCCCUUCUACACCUGUUGCCUCCCUCUUACAUCAGUGCUUUUUUUUUUCCUGUUUGGGAAAAUGGCUACUAUGGUAUCUUGGUUCAUGAAUGCUUUUGUUUGCAAACAAUUUAGUUGUGAGCAGAAGUGUUCGACAAACUUCUGUUUUUGUUUGUGAACUCUGAAUCAGGUGAUAAACACAACCGUGGUUAUUUUUCUCAUACAAACAUGAAUGUGGUCGUCUUUACCACGGUUAAAAGAAUUCUGUUCAUGAGGUGGUAGCACUGAGGUUGUGCAAGACAAAAUCUUCUACACUACUAUAAUAUUAUUUUUGCCCUCUUUUCAUAUACAAUUAGGUGGUUUAAUUUAUCUUUAAAUUCUUAAAGAUAGUUUAUCUUUCGUCUUCAUCUGUGUUACCAUUGUGAUACAGUGGUUCAAGCUCUCAUCACUUUUCACCUGAAGUUGUUUCCCCACUAGUCUUUGGUCUGGUCACUGUAGUUUAUCUCAAGGGUGUGUCUGUUCCUUACUUAGUCCUAUAGAAUAUGCCUCUAUCUCUGUAAGCUCAUCAUCUACACAUACUCAGUCACUGUUCUCCUACCAUUAUGAUUUUCACUUUACAAAUAACAAGCUUUCCCUCUGGAAUGUUCUAGCUUUCUCCUUAAGAUGUCAACUUAAAUGCUACUUUUUUAGAUGUUCUCAUUCUGUCUCAAUAGCCAGUUUUGUUCUUUUUGGAGAGUUUGCAAUACAUAUUUGUAAGUUCCACGAGAGCAAGGGCCUUGUUUCCUUUAUCUUUCUGUAUCUAGCUGCUAGAGAAAUAUUAUGUAUAUAAUACUCAGACCAUGAACUCUGGUUCAGGCUUUCUUUCUCUGUUAUUGUCCCUUUGUGCUGUUCUUUCUGUUUAGACUGCCAUACCUUCAUCUGUCCUUUCACCUGUCUACCUCCUCUUCAGAAUGCAGCUCUUCCCCAAACUCUUCCUUCAGGCUACAGAUAUUUUUUUUUUCUGUCACUCUUGACAAAAUUUAGACUAUGCAGUGGUUGUCAUUGUAUGGCUUUUGGAUUGGCAGCAUCAGUAUCACCAGAAAUACUGUUAAAAAUGUAGAACUGUGGGCCCCACCUCAAACAUCUUAAAACUCAGGAUGAGUCUCACAACCUGUGUUUUUAGCCAUCCAUAUGACUGUGCUGGAAUCUGAGAACUACUAGAGCAGUGCCGGCCAACCAUUUAGAACUUUCAAUGAUGAGCAUCCCGCUGCAGCACAAGUACCAUAGGUUCAUCACCACUGCACUGUAGUCCCCACAUUUACAGCUCUAGCAUCUAACAUUGCCUCGAAGAAAGAACGAGAGCUGUCUUUCUGUUGCCUCAUCAUCCUGCUUCUUUUGAGGAUGUCCUUUUAUUUGCCUCUCCAGCAGCCUCUCAAUAUUUGAGGAUAACCAUUAUUUCCCUGUCAACUCCUGGUUUAUUAUCAUUAAUUCUUUCCCAUGUGCUAUAUCUUUAAAUCCUUUUACAUUAUUCAUUGGGUUUCUCUGAACAAAUUCCAACUUUUUGCCUUAAGUAUGUAAUUAGCAUACCCUCAGCUUUCAAGCUAUAAUUCUUAGUAAGACUUGUCUUUAUAAAUCACCUAAGACAGGGUUUAUAAUGAAUAUAGUUGGUGUUUCAUUUGUACAUUUGGAUGUGUUCAGUGGAAGCCAAAGGUACUUCAAAGCUGUGUAUGUUCACUACCUCACGGGACCUGGCCUUAGUAAUAUGUAAUUCAGUAAAAUGGGUUUAGGUAAUUGAAUUGGUAGUUCUUAGAACCACCUGGGGAACUUUCCAAAAAUCAUAAACCAUACUUGUUACUCCCUCUCCAGAAAGUUGAAUCUCAAGCAUCUCAGGGUAUAGCCCAAACUACCAGUAUUUUUUAAAACAGCUUUACAUCACAUAGAUUUCACUAAUUCUAAUGUAUGAUUCAGUGAUUUUUUAGUAAAUUGUGCAACCAUCACCAGGUCACACAUACUUCAGAAUGUUUCCAUCAUUCCUAGAAGAACCUUCAUGCCUAUCACAGCCAUUCCUUGUUUCUGCAUUCAGCUGUAGGUGAGCCAUUCAUCUAUGUUGCUAUAGAUUUGCCUUUUCUAGACCUAAGUGUCAGGAGCUUUUUAAGCUCUCAGCUGAUUUCAGUAUGCAUCUGAAGCUGAAAAGUCCUAAAUGCAUUGUGAUCAAUCUUGAUUUUUAAGAACUAUAUAAUAUGGAUGUUUCAUGUAUUUUCACAUUUAUGGCCUUACCCAUGCCAGUGCAUGCUUCCAUUACUGGUAUGAUAAAACAUCAUUAAUUUGACAAUAGAACUUAAUAUACCAUUCGGUUAUUUUCCCUUUAUACAUUUUAGUAUCAUAUUCAAAAUUUCUUCCCAUUCUCUCCUGAAGGUAUUUUCAGACAUCUCUAGAAUGCUUUUCCCCCACUAACAGAAGAGUGCUGGAAGGUGACUCGGCACCAUAUUCUGCCUGAGAAAAUGUAGUUUCCAGAAAUGAUUAUUGAUACUGGUCUUGACUCCAUCCUUAAAGUUAUUUUCCUUUUAAAUAUUUUUUGCAUUGCUGUUUCCAUACAAGAUGUUUUGCUAUCUUGAUUAUUUUUUGUGAAAUAAUAAGUUUUUGCUUUAUAGGUGUAUUAUUUAUAAAUUUUUUUGGGAAAAUGUUUCUUUAAUAGUUCAUGUACAUUUGUUGAAAGCUAUAAUUACAGCACUCUUGGAGGCUGAGGCAGGAAGAUCACAAGUCUGAGCCCAGCCUGGGAGACUUAGUAACUUAGUGAGAUGCUGUCUCAAAAUAAAUAGGACCAGGAAUGUAGCUUAGUGUAAAAGCUCUGUAGUCAGUCACCAAUACCACCCACAAAACAAGCCUAAUAUAAUGAAAGAUUGUCUUCCACCCAAAAAUGACCACUGUUAAGAUUUAACUGAAUUUAUUUUGAGACUUCUGUGGUUAUUUAUAUAUGUAUGUAUACAAAUAUGUACAUCUUUAUAUAAGGGAGAUUAUACUUUGUGCUGCUUUGUGUCUUGCUUCUUUUGCUUAAUAUUGAGAGCAUUUGUACAUAACUAUAAAUACUGAUUUGUAUUAUUUUUAAUGGCUAUAUAGUUUUGCAUUAUAUGUAAUCCUAAUGAUUUUUCAGAACUAUGUAUGUUGAAGACACUAUUUCGUUAUCUUACAUUGCAAAUUUUGGCCAUCUUGUUGUCUUUCAACUUUAUAGUUUUUUCUUUAUAGAAGUUAUUAAGUUUUAUGAUGUAAACUUUUUAAAUUUUAUAGUUCCUGGUUUUCCUGACAUGCUUAGAAUGACCUUCCCUACUUCAAGAUAAUAAAAGUACUCCAUGAUGUUGCUUAGUA